AUGAAGUCCAAGGAAUUGUCUGUAGACCUCCGAGACAGGAUUGUAUCGAGGCACAGAUCUGGGGAAGGGUACAGAAAAAUUUCUGCAGCAUUGAAAGUCCCAAUGAGCACAGUGGCCUCCAUCAUCCAUAAAUGGAAGAAGUUUGGAACCACCAGGACUCUUCCUAGAGCUGGCCGCCCGGCCAAACUGAGCGAUCGGGGGAGAAGGGCCUUAGUCAGGGAGGUGACCAAAAACCCGAUGUUCACUCUGACAGAGCUCCAGUGUUUCUCUGUGGAGAGAGGAGAACCUUCCAGAAGAACAACCAUCUCUGCAGCACUCCACCAAUCAGGCCUGUAUGGUAGAGUGGCCAGACGGAAGCCACUCCUCAGUAAAAGGCACAUGACAGCCCGCCUGGAGUUUGCCAAAAGGCACCUGAAGGACUCUCAGACCAUGAAAAACAAAGAUUGAACUCUUUGGCCUGAAUGGCGAGCGUCAUAUCUGAAGGAAACCAGGCAACGCUCAUCACCUGGCCAAUACCAUCCCUACAGAGAAGCAUGGUGGUGGCAGCAUCAUGCUGUGGGGAUGUUUUUCAGCGGCAGGAACUGGGAGACUAGUCAGGAUCGAGGGAAAGAUGAAUGCAGCAAUGUACAGAGACAUCCUUCAUGAAAAACUGCUCCAGAGCGCUCUGGACCUCAGACUGGGGCGAAGGUUCAUCUUCCAACAGGACAACGACCCUAAGCACACAGCCAAGUUAACAAAGGAGUGGCUACGGGACAACUCUGUGAAUGUCCUUGAGUGGCCCAGCCAGAGCCCAGACUUGAACCCGAUUGAACAUCUCUGGAGAGAUCUGAAAAUGGCUGUGCACCGACGCUCCCCAUCCAACCUGAUGGAGCUUGAGAGGUCCUGCAAAGAAGAAUGGGAGAAACUGCCCAAAAAUAGGUGUGCCAAGUUUGUAGCAUCAUACUCAAAAAGACUUGAGGCUGUAAUUGGUGCCAAAGGAGCUUCAACAAAGUAUUGAGCAAAGGCUGUGAAUACUUAUGUACAUGUGAUUUUUUUAUUUUUAUUUUUUUUAUAAGUUUGCAAAGAUUUCAAACAGACUUCUUUCAUGUUGUCAUUAUGGGGUAUUGUUUGUAGAAUUGAGGAAAAUAAUGAAUUUAAUCCAUUUUGGAAUAAGGCUGUAACAUAACAAAAUGUGGAAAAAGUGAAGUGCUGUGAAUACUUUCCGGAUGCACUGUAUAUGCGUGUCUAAUUGUUCUCAUAUGCAGUCAUACAAGCUGCUUAAUACACAUCCUGUUAAUGUUUCUAGAUUGUAGAUUUUCAUCAAGGAUUUCAUGUGAAUUCACCAUUGCGUAAAAUUAUUAUGAAUUCUCAAGAAAUCAGGUUGAAAAAUUCACCUUAGACCGACAGGAGCUUAAAGUUUGGCCAGUAUGAAACCACACAUAAAGAGACAGCUAUUAUUUCUCAAAACACACACACAUUAUCAGCGACAUAAAAAAGGCACCUUCCUCAUCUCUUAGUUUGAAAAGUCGUUGUCAUCUGGCUGUGAGCGAAUGACUUUUCUGAUCUUCACCUCUCGUCGUUGCUCCUGAACUCCUGAAAAAUAACAAAAACAAAACUCAGAAUCUCACAAAAAUUGACAACGGUAUUUUCAGCAUCUGUGCUUCACUAUAUCUAUUAGAGCAUCUGAGAGAUUUGACUAAAUCAAGAUGCUGCUGAUCACUGAAGCUCUUCUUCUCAUUUUAGCUGCUCUAGGACAGGAUCACAGAGCAGCUGCAGGACAGAUAUUUCCAUUGGAUAUGGAACUGAAUUCUGUUGAUGACUAUUAUUACGGCUGUCGAGAGAAAAUGGCACAUCUGGUGAAGACAAAAUAUCUGAAGGAGAUCAAUAACUCAGCUAAAUUUAAAUAUUAUUGGCAAAAUAGUGAAAACAUUGUCAAGUUUCCAAAAGAUCACUUAACAAGGAAUCAUUUAACCGCCAUUUAUGUGUACAGUGAUACUAAUGUAUAUCACCAUUUCAAUCUUGACACUCGUAAAGGUAAAAACCAGUACAAACACAAGACAUACAAAUGGUAUGCACUUCACUUUCUGUUAACAGAAGCGAUACAGAUUCUGAAGAAAACACAAAAUAAAUGCUAUUUAACUUAUCGUGGGACUACAGCUGAAUUUAAUAAGUAUGUUUUGAACAAAGAGGUUCGUUUCGGCUCAUUUGCAUCCUCUUCACUUAAUCCUAAUGUAGCACGAAAUUUUGGAACUAAAUCUUGUUUUGAAAUCUACACUUGUGAAAGUGCUGAGCUGACAAAAUAUUCUAAAUAUCCUCAUGAGAAAGAGGUGCUGAUUCCUCCAUAUGAGACGUUUAAAGUCACUGCUGUCAGGACAAAAACAUAUCAGCAAAAUCUCUGGUGUGACACUGUGUACACUUUGAAAAGCUCUGGAAGAAGAAGUGACCUGAACUGUGCUCUAUUCAAGAAACCAUUCAAGUACUAAUGUUUUUCAUUGAAAAAAGUGUUCUGAAUUUAUCAGUUCCACACAAGUAAAUAUAAAAUAUUUUUUUCUCUCGGUUUAGUUCAACAGUUCUUUGUCAGAAAACAUUUGUUUACGUACAACAUUCUGAAAUAAAAAAUUUUAUGUGACCCAA